GUGCUGUCACUGGCUGCUGUCUGAUUGUGCACGUCUGCUAUGUGGCAGCAGUACUGUUGUCCUACAGUUUGCAUCUGUGCCAGCAUUAGAAGCUUUCAUCGUUCCUGUAGUUCCAUUGCCAGGUUUCAGCACCUGCCCGCUGUCCAGACCAGGGGAAACAACAGGCUCUACACAUUAUAAGCUUCUGCUGAAACAGGCAAAGAUGUCCCAAGUCAAGCAAGUAGGCCUUUUGGCUGCUGGAUGCCAACCUUGGAACAAAGAUGUUUGUGCUGCCAGUGGAGACAGAUUUGCAUACUGUGCCACCCUUGCUAUUUAUGUGUAUCAGCUGGAUCAUCGUUACAAUGAAUUUAAGCUCCGUGCAAUCAUGUCAGAGCAUAAGAAGACAAUCACUGCCAUUUCCUGGUGUCCGCACAACCCUGACAUGUUUGCAAGUGCCAGUGCAGACAACUUAGUUAUCAUAUGGAAUGUUGCUGAACAGAAAGUAGUUGCAAGACUUGACAGUACCAAAGGAAUGCCUGCCUCUUUAAGUUGGUGCUGGAAUUCAGGUGACGCUGUAGCAUUUGUGUCACAUAGAGGUCCUCUCUAUAUAUGGACUAUAUCUGGGCCGGACAGUGGAGUUGCUGUUCACAAGGAAGCACAUAGUUUUCUUUCAGACAUCUGUCUGUUUAGAUGGCAUCCAAAGAAAAAAGGAAAAGUAGUCUUUGGGCAUACCGAUGGAAGCCUUUCAAUCUUUCAACCAGGUUGCAAGAGUCAAAAACAUGUUUUGAGGCCUGAGUCAUUGGAGGGGACAGAUGAAGAAGAUCCAGUGACUGCUCUGGAAUGGGAUCCUUUGUCAACUGAUUAUCUUUUGGUUGCUAAUUUGCACAAUGGAAUUCGACUAGUAGAUUCUGAAUCACUGUCUUGUAUAACAACAUUCAGUUUUCCCAGUGCAGCUGCCUCUGUACAGUGCUUAGCCUGGGUUCCUAGCGCUCCUGGAAUGUUUAUUACGGGUGAUUCUCAGGUUGGAGUACUUCGGGUUUGGAAUGUGUCCAAGACAACCCCCAUAGAUAAUUUUAAACUGAAGAAGACAGGAUUUCAUGCGCUACAUGUGCUCAAUUCUCCUCCAAAGAAAAAAACAUUUUUAGCACACUCCCCUACUAAAAACCAUCACACAUCUUCUACUAGUGAGGCAGUACCCCCUCCAACACUGACGCAGAAUCAGGCCUUCUCUCUGCCCCCUGGUCAUGCUGUCUGCUGCUUUAUGGAUGGCGGAGUGGGGCUUUAUGACAUGGGAGCUAAGAAGUGGGAUUUUUUAAGAGAUCUGGGUCACAUUGAAACCAUCUUUGACUGUAAAUUUAAGCCAGAUGACCCUAAUUUAUUAGCUACUGCUUCUUUUGAUGGAACGAUAAAAGUGUGGGAUAUAAACACUUUAACUGCAGUAUACACAUCACCAGGCAAUGAAGGGGUUAUUUACUCUCUAUCAUGGGCUCCAGGGGAUUUAAAUUGCAUAGCUGGAGCAACUUCAAGAAAUGGGGGCUUUAUAUGGGAUGUGAAAAAAGGAAAAAUGAUAACUCGUUUCAAUGAGCAUGGGAAGAAUGGCAUCUUUUGCAUCUCAUGGAGCCAUAAAGAUUCUAAACGUAUAGCUACCUGCAGUGGUGAUGGAUUCUGUAUCAUAAGAACUAUUGAUGGUAAAGUUCUGCAUAAAUAUAAGCAUCCAGCAGCUGUCUUUGGAUGUGAUUGGAGCCAAAACAACAAAGACAUGAUAGCAACUGGAUGUGAAGAUAAAAAUGUUCGGGUAUAUUAUCUAGCAACCAGCUCUGACCAGCCCCUGAAAGUGUUUACUGGACACACUGCAAAGGUAUUUCACGUGAGAUGGUCACCUCUCAGGGAAGGCAUUCUGUGCAGUGGUUCUGAUGAUGGCACUGUAAGAAUCUGGGAUUAUACACAGGACGCUUGUAUAAAUGUUCUCAGUGGCCAUAGUGCUCCAGUUCGGGGACUAAUGUGGAAUACUGAAAUACCCUACCUAUUAAUAUCAGGCAGCUGGGAUUACACAAUACGAGUCUGGGACACAAGGGACGGCACAUGUUUGGAUACGGUUUAUGAUCAUGGAGCAGAUGUAUAUGGCUUAACAUGCCAUCCAAAUCGACCGUUUACAAUGGCUUCCUGCUCACGUGAUUCGACUGUGAGGCUUUGGUCAUUAACACCAUUAAUUUCACCCCUUCAAAUAAAUAUCCUAGCAGAUCGUCCUUGGGAAGAAGUUAUUGGCAAUACGGAUCGUGCUAUGGAACCAGGAGCUCCACCUCUACUAUGUGGAAAAGUGUCUCGAGAUAUUAAACAAGAGGUGGAUAAACUUAGUGGCAACUUAAGAGGGAAGAAACUAAGGUGGUUUUCAGAAUGUCUCUCUCCUCCAGGAGGUAGUAAAAACUUAUGGGAUUUAGUUGCUGUUUUGAAAGGUCAAGACGACAGUUUACUUCCUCAAAAUUACUGCAAAGGAAUAAUGCACAUGAAGCAUCUGGUCAGAUUUAAAACCUCUAAAGCACAAGAACUGACAACAGUAAAGAUGUCCAAGUUUGGUGGCGGAAUUGGUGCACCCAGUAAAGAAGAAAGACUUAAACAAGCGGCAGAGAUCCACCUAAGGCUAGGACAGAUCCAGAGAUACUGUGAGCUUAUUGUGGAACUUGGAGAGUGGGACAAGGCAUUAUCAGUUGCUCCAGGGGUUUCUAUGAAAUACUGGAAAAAACUAAUGCAAAGAAGAGCAAGCCAGCUAAUUGAAGAAGAAAAUGAUGAUGUCAUCCCCUAUUGUAUAGCUACUGGUGAUGUGAAGAAACUUGUCAAUUUUUUUACUUCCAGAGGACAACUUAAAGAAGCUUUGCUAGUGGCACAGGCAGCUUGUGAAGGCAAUAUGCAGUCAGGACAUAUUUCUCUACCUACAGUGUCACCAACUGAUGGAAACAACAUAGAGGAUUUUAAUGAACUCCUACACAGAGUCAGUGCAGAGUUGGCUGAAUGGUAUUUCCAGGAUGGAAGGGCGGUCCUAGCAGCAUGUUGUCAUUUAGCUGUGGACAAUAUUGAACUUGCAAUGGCAAACCUCAUCCGUGGCAAUGAACUAGAACUGGCAGUGUGCGUGGGCACGGUCCUUGGAGAGGGUGCAGGACAAGCCACAGAAUAUGCAUUAGAACUACUUGCAAGAAAAUGUAUGACUGUUACCACCUGGGAUUUAGCAGCAGAUCUUCUCAAAAUGAUUACUUCAAAUGACCUUUUCCUACUGAAGUUGUGUGCAUUUUACCCAGGAUGCACAACAGAGAUUAAUGACCUGCAUAGCAAAUGUAACCUACCAAGUUUGGAAGAUUGUGCACAGUUAGCAGAAAGUUCUUAUGCAGAUGGUGAUAUCUUCCAGACUGUCAAGUACCAUUUGCUAAGUACAGAACCUGAAAAAGCUCUACCAAUUGGCAUUCAGUUUGUAAAAGAACAAAUUAGCACUUUGGACUGGACAUUGGAUUCCAUUUGUCCCAUUCUUGGUCUUCUGAGUUAUAUACGAACUGAAAGAUUAGUACUCCAUAAAUGUAGUGAAGUUCGCAAUGAACUCCUCAUAUUAUGUGGUUACACUGGUGCUUUACUUGCUAUAAGAAGACAUUACACCAGUAUCGUUCCUGCACUUUAUGAGUACACAAGUCAGCUUUUGAAACGGCGAGAGGUGUCUGUUCCCCUACAGAUUGAGCAGCUUUCAGUGGAAUUAGAUGCCUGGAGAGCGUGCACACAGUCUAAGUCUGGUGAUGAUCUUCCAUACACGCCUCCCACAGAAUUGCAAAGAAAGGUUUAUGCAAAUCUUCUCUUGAAAAUAAAAGAAGAACCUCUUAAAGGACUGAUAGGACCAGACUAUGUUACAGGAUCCAACCUCCCAAGUCACUCCGAUGUUCAUGUGUCUUGUUUGACCGGAUUACGAAUACAGGGGCCUGUAUUUUUUCUGGAAGAUGGAAAGUCAGCAAUUUCUUUGAACGAUGCUUUAAUGUGGGCAAAAGUGAAUCCUUUUUCACCAUUAGGAACAGGAAUCCGACUUAAUCCAUUUUAAAACUGAAUUAUACUGUACCAUUUCUUCAAAAUAACUGUUUUACUACAGGAUAAAAAUAUUAGUGGAAAGUAUAGUGCACCAGAAUAUUAUACUUUGCCGGCCUCUUAAACAACAAACCAUUUUUUUUCAGUGGAUGAAACAACUCUUUUAGCUGAUCCUAUUUUUUUUAUUUGUUUAGAAGAUGAGAUUUUUGUUUAGUUCUCUGAAUUCCCAAAGAACAAAAUAAUAUGUAAAGUUUACAACCAGGUCACAAAAGCUAAUUUUACUGUAUAAGCUCAGUAAAAAACAUUGCUUACAAAACACAAUAUAAGCUGCUCUAUGUUAAGAUAAUGCUGUAUAUAAGCCACAAUACGCACAUAAAUAGACUGUGAAAUUUAUUACCAUUUUUAAGUAAUGUAAAAUUUUAUCACAAAAUUUGUACUGUAAUUCUACCGUGUCUAGUAAACCACAAAAUAUAAAUAUAUGAAUGCCCUACAUUUUUUUUAUUGUAUACAUUUUAAUCACAUUCAUUGUUUAUACAAAUGGUCUAUUUACAGAAAUAAAGUGGUAUAAAUACA